CAGGUGGUCAAGGUCCUGGUAAUUUAGCCUGUUGUACAAUUUGCUGGGUAUUUUAAGCAUUGUCAUAUUUGAGAGACGCACAAAGGUUGUUUUUUUUUUUAACUGAAGCCAGAAUUGAAGUAUAAAGCAGUAUGAAAUGAAAAUACUCAAGUAAAAUACAAGUAUGUCAAGUAUGUGUUUAUAUUCCACCACUCCAGCUGCCAGGUAAGUCUGUAGUUCAUUUGUAUUUAUCUACAUGUUAUAGCAGCGACACCUAGAGGCCGUCCAGCGCUACUGCUGCACUUUGGCUGUUUACUGCACCGUAAUGGAGAGAAACUGUACAAUAAGUCCUCUAAUCGCAGCGAAAGAGUUAAAAAUCCACAAUCCUAUUGCAACCUCGGUGUGGUUAUACUUUAAUAGAUUUAGACUCGUCACAUGGUCGGAAAUCAGCGCUUACACACCGGAUAAGACACAACACAUUUACCCCAUGAGCUGGAGUGGAGAUCUUCGAGCAGAGCAACAUGGAUUUUAUGACGGAUAGGGAUGUGCAGAAGUAUCUGGAGGAUGGGUAUGUGGUUCUGGACGGGCUGCUCACAUCCCAGGAGUGUGAUGAGCUGAGACAGAGGAUGGCAGAGAUAGUGGACCACAUGGACGUGCCGGAGCACUGCCGCACAACCUUCUCUACCUAUGACCAGCAGCACAAGGAACAGGGAAGCUCUGAUUAUUUCAUCACCAGUGGAGAUAAAAUUAGCUUUUUCUUUGAGAAAGGAGUUUUUGAUGACAAAGGGGAAUUCAUCGUACCAGUACAGCAGUCGCUGAAUAAAGUUGGUCAUGCACUGCAUGCCUACGAGCCCUUACUCAAAAAGGUUACGCAUUCGCCCAAAGUCCAGGGCAUAGCUAAGAAGCUGGGUCUUGUAAGACCUGUGAUACUGCAAAGCAUGUACAUUUUUAAGCAACCGGGGAUCGGUGGGGAAGUGACACCUCACCAAGAUGCCACAUUUCUGUACACUGAGCCGCUGGGCAGAGUUAUGGGGCUGUGGAUCGCCCUGGAAGAUGCUACUGUCGACAACGGCUGUUUGUGGUUCAUCCCGGGGUCACACAACAGUGGGAUUUCUCGCCGUAUGGUUCGAACCCCGAAGGGCACCGUUCCCCUGACGGCCUUCAUCGGUCGACAGAAGAACUAUGAAGAGGAGAAGCUUGUUGCCGCACCAGUCAAAAAAGGUGCUAUAGUCCUGAUCCAUGGUGAAGUGGUACAUCGCAGUGCUGAAAACACAUCCAAAGACUCUCGCCAUGUCUACGCCUUCCACAUCAUGGAAUCCCAGGACACCCGCUGGAGCCCUGACAACUGGUUGCAGCCCACUGAAGAGCUCCCUUUCCCGCCUCUCUACUCAAAAUGAAGCUCGUCUUUCCUGCAGUCCACGGGGAGACACAAGAUUCUUUCUCAUCUGAAAAAGGGCCAGUGUGUAUGAAAUGUGUUAACCAGAACGAAUGUGCUGCAGUUUGUCAUGGCUGUUUUGUAUCAUAUGACACCAACUGUUUCACUGGGCUACAUGUAGACAGCAAAGUCAGUGUAGGAUAAAUUGUUACUAAUUCACGUUUUCAGUGAAUAUAUCAAUAAUUUUACAUGACAGUUUUUUAAACAUAAUUAUUUACAAUAAAAUUAAUUUGGAUAAACAUUAGGUUUCUGAUCAACUGAUAUUUUAUUCAGUCACCUGCCAGCAGUAUUCUUUUUUUUUUUUUUUUACAA